CCGCGUCGACGCGCGAAUAACGUUAGCGCUGCGUCAGCGCAGCCGACGAGAACACUCCGUAUCCUCUUCGGUCCAUUUUGAUGCGUUUAAACGGUCACACAACACACCAGCCGGCGGUGUCAACUGUUUGCCGUCCAAGCUAACCAGUUAGCCGCCGCUAGGUGCGGUUGCUAUGCGCAGGAGUGCGUCGGAAUGGCUGACACGGGGGACAGCAAGAGGGAAGAGGCCGAUUACAAGCGGCUCCACAGCUUCCCUCUCAUCAGGCACACAGACAUGCCCGAAGAAAUGAGGGUCGAGACUAUGGAACUCUGUGUAACAGCCUGUGAGAAGUUUGCCACCAACAAUGAGAGUGCCGCAAAGAUGAUCAAGGAGUCCAUGGACAAGAAAUUCGGCAGCUCGUGGCAUGUGGUGAUAGGCGAGGGUUUUGGCUUCGAGGUUACACAUGAGGUCAAGAACCUUCUUUACAUGUUCUUUGGAGGAAGCCUGGCUGUGUGCGUAUGGAAGUGCUCCUAGCACCUCCUCCCCUCCCGUUUCCCUCUGACUCUUACUGGGCUGGCAAGGUUCCGUGCAGUUCUGGGAAAUUUGGAAAACAUCGAAAGUGAAUUUGGACAUUCCUUGAUCUGGAAAUCUUGAUGAGUAAAAACUUAUCUGGGAAUUCUUGCUGGGGAAAAGCGAGUUCAGUCCCACCAUACAUGUGACAGUUUCCUUAGUUACUGUAGUCACGGGUCCCGCUGUCAUUUCUCAUGUUGUUGUCAAGAGUAUUCUAGCGCUGUAGUAAUGUGGCUUUGGGGACAGUUGUUUUGCUAAACCACGAUCGGCAUGCGUCAUUUUAACCAAGCCCCAAAAUAUUCAGACCAUCUCAGGAAAAAGGGUCCGGAAAAGUCUUGACCCGUGAAAGUGUGGAAAUGUAAAGGCAUCCUGGGAUGGGAAGAUGACGCCUGCCAAACGCUGGUGAAUGUUUUGCCGCGGCUCCCGAGUUUCCUCAGCCGGUCACUCCGGCGGUGAACAAGCCGUCGCUCGUCGGCUCAACCGUGUUCUGGAACUGUAGCGGGCUGGUAACGAAGCGACGGCCGGGUGGCGUUUUGAAUUCGGAUGGUCACUGUGCUCAGCAGACCCGAAAAGUAUUUUUUUUGCCUCGUGUGUCUCUAAUCUGUUCCUCGC